AUGAAACUGCUAUUCACUGAUCCAACAUCCCGUCAUUGUGGUACUUUAACAAUACUGGAUUUAUUACUUAGUAUCGCUCAAGUAAAUAAUUCAUUGCACUUGGUCCAUUUGUUUAGUUUUUCUCAUUCUCUCUCAUUUCUAGGUCUGGCUGAUCUCAUAGUACUCACUAGGCCCUUUCUAAAACAAGUUAGUAAGGCCAAAGCUGGCCGUCUGGUUCGUGCAUUAGUUGACCUCUUUUUGGAUCUGGAAGCCGGUACUGGACGAGAAAUCGAAUUAUGUCGCGAAUGCAUUAACUGGGCCAAUGAAGAGCGCCGAGUGUUUCUACGUCAAGCGUUGGAAACUAGGCUUAUGGGUUUGUACUAUGAAAACGGUCACUAUGAAGAGGCCCUAAAGCUUGGUAAGUUGUUAUUCACCUACACUGCUGUAACUGGGCAGAGCUUCAUGCAUUCCUCCUCCUUUCAAUCAAAUUUAUCUUGUCAGCACCCACGGACAAUGAGCCCUAAUAUAACACCUGUUCAUAUCGAAGUGAUCGCCUAUUUGUUUUUUCAUGCCCGAUCAUCUGAUACUGUUUUUCUGCUUCUGUCACUACCCAGUGUACAAUAUUACACUGCAUCAUGA